AUGCACUUUACACCUACACAGUGUAAAGUGCUGCUGCAAGAGUGGGUAGGCUCGAACCUUAACCUAAUGUUUGCGGAUGAGCCGAUUGGGGCAAACGUUUACGGCAACAUGACAAACGCGGCAGACACAUACUAUGGUACCCUGUUCUCACAUCUUUCAUACGGCAUGGGGGAGAAUGGUGGCACACCCAAUCCAGGGAACAACCCAGACGCUGCGGCACUGGCCGCCGCAAUGGCUGCAGUAGCUGGAGGUGGUGGUACUGCGGCUGCGGACUGGAGUGGUGUGAACAAUGUUGUGUAUCCCCAAACCUCUGGUGCAACCCUACUAUCUGGAGUUAACCAGCACCACCAUCAAACGAACAGCCUCGGUGAUAUGACACAUAGCGGUGGUGGCGGUGGACCUGUUUCAUCUAGUGCGUCACCACCGUACACUGCCACACUUUUGGCUGCCAUUGCUGCCGCUGCAGCGGCGGCCUAUCCGGCGGCUAUGCACCCACAGCAGCUAUCAUCCCAUCCAAACGCCAGUGCAACGGCAGUCGGGCGUUCUUUUAUGCCAACAAACACUGGACAAACGGACUAUACACAGGUGUACUACCGAUCCCCUCCUCGACAGCCGGGUGUGCGUACCCCACUCACUACCGGUCUUUAUUCCAAUGAGGCUCAAUUUCCCACUGCCACAGUAACACUUCCUGGUUGGCCCUAUUCUGCGCCUAGUCCCUAUCACACUAGCUCAACUCCUAUUGGUGGAAUAGUCCCCAUAAGCGACGGGUGGUCAACCCCAACCAGUCAGCAGAUGCAUCCGGUGGUUUGUUCUGAGUUGGAUUCAGCUUCUUUGCAUCAUCUAGUCGGAUCGACCACAUUCGCCCCGAAUCAACUCGAUGACAGGGCGCCGAAGGAUCCCGUUUUGAUUAACACUCAUCCAUAUUACACAUCACAUUUACGCGAGCAAACAGUAAACUACGGCACCACACAUGGUGGCAGUGUGGAGGAUCCGUCGAUUUCAUCCUAUUCCACGCACGGCACUGGGCAGAAUCCGAUCACUUCUCAUCUGGUGAAUGGGAUGUUGAGCAACGGUCAGGCCGUUAGCUACGCGGACGCCUUCCUUUCGUCAAUGCGACCAGCAGCUCAGCCACAACACUUCAGACCUCCGCCGGAUGAUAACCAAAAUCUUCAGGAGGGGAAACACAUGCUUGAUGAAUUCAAUCGUUUGUCCAUUAGAGAAUAUAGUCCGGUUGAAGGAACUUCUGUGACCUCGCCUCCUCCUGCAACAACGUCACAGUCGCUGUGUACUGGCGAUAACAAACCAAAAAACCCCAGUGCAACAUGGUCAUCUUCGUCUUACAGUGAAGUAAACAAAACGGUCACUGCUCGUCCAGGUGUGGGAUCUUCUCCGCGAACUGGGGGACCUGUGCCACCUGUCGUUCCGAAUUCCAUGAGUCUCAACAGUGCUGGACGACCAAUCGCUCAGCCACCAUCAAGUGCUGCGGGGGAGGCACCUAGAGCCAAGACUUGGGCAAAUAUCGCUGGACAGCCCCCUCGCGGAUCUGCAGCGGUGCUUGUCGGCUCCACCACAGGAUGGUCUGCAAAACGUCUACCCGGUAGUAUGCUGGUAACUGCCACUAGUCGACCGUCCUCGCAGCCCUCAACUACGACACCUGUGGUGAUUGCCAGUGCGCCAACUAAAGCUUCUACUGCAAAUGGAGAGCAGAACCCGACGUCAUUCAGAUCCAGUGCUGGUGCUGCUGAUGAAAGUACGGCUGUGGUAAACAAGGCUGGUGGUAGUUGUGGAGGAUCAGUAUCCUACGAUGAGUCGAUGCGAAUGUUCCAACGUGAAUCAGAAGCCCUCUACCAACGGCUUGCGAAAUCAAUAAAUCCGGCCACUUUCGACACCAAUGUGGAGAAGGCUCGGUUUUUCGUUAUCAAAUCGUUUUCUGAAGACGACAUCCAUCGUUCCAUUAAAUACUCUGUCUGGUGUUCAACGGAGCUAGGUAACAAAAAAUUGGAUAGCGCGUAUGUGGGCGCCAAUAAUCAAUACCCUAUCUACUUGUUCUUCUCAGUCAACGGGUCGGGGCAUUUUUGUGGCAUGGCUGAGAUGACUUCACGCGUGGAUUACGAUACUCGAGUUCGUGUGUGGGCCCAGGACAAGUGGCAAGGUGCCUUUUCGGUGAGAUGGAUAUUUGUCAAGGAUGUCCCUAAUACCGCCCUACGUCACAUUCGUAUCGAAAGCAAUGAAAAUAAACCAGUGACCCAUUCACGUGACGCGACCGAGCUACCCUUGGAACGAGGUCGACAGGUGAUGGAGGUUUUUGCAAACUAUUCGCAUACACUGUCCAUAUUCGACGAUUUCCUAUUUUACGAACAACGGGAAAGGCAAGAUGGCUACCGUCGAAAAGACACGGGCACUCGCCGUGGCUGAACGCCAUUACGCGAUUCCCCUUCCGCUAUUCUACCAUGAGCCGGAUUAUCCCGCACCAAUAUAUACAAUUGAACACCUCAUCGCCCUGUCUCCUAACUGUUUUGCCCCGCACUAACCGCCUUCUCCCUUCAGCUACUAUGGCUUGCUGCUGCGAUCUGCGUUUACUAACCGUUUCGCUUUGACCACAGUUGAUGAAACUCUUGAUGAGACAGAUUUUUUUGAACCCAGAGGAGGACAGCUUCGUUUUCGCAAGUCCUCUUGGACCUACCACUUUGGACGUUUUUGUGGUUGUGCAUUACGGUUCGGUAUCAUACGUCUCAUUAGGCGCGCAAUCACCCAAUCGCCGCUUCCCAACAUACAUUCGGUCGCUUUCUUCACUUUCCCAUCCGUUCUCUUCUUACAUUACAUUUGGGCAACGUUGCUUAUGCCUCUCUCUUCUUUCGGCACAGAGGUAGCCUAUAGCCGUGGUGGUUGUCGGGCUGUCUAUUGCGGACCUCUUUUUUUGCAAAACCGUUCAUUCUAUUUCUCCCCCUCAAAGUAAUCGGCAAAACACUCAUUCGUACCUUGUAGUUCACGGCUUUCUUUUCUUAUUACCAAACGGGGGCUGGAACACAUGUGUUGUUACUUCUUUCCUAGCUUAGUUAGAAUCGAUGACGUUUUUUUGUGCUGUAAAUUAUCCCCACCCAUUCACUGAUCGGUGCGGGCUUUUAUCUUCCUACCUACACCUCGCAAUUUUAUUCCUCUGAUCCAGUGCUUAUUUCUCCCAAUUUUCGCUGCCUAUCCAAUGUCAUGCACCCAUCUGUUUACACAGACAAAAAAACGAUCCGAUGGCACCUGCGUAUAGAAAUGAUCGAAACAAAUCACCACACGCCCCUCCGUCGCCUCAAUUUCAGUCAACCGUAUUCAAUCUAAUUGGAUUUUUGGUAGAUGACGUUGUGGCUCGCUUUUUCAGCGAUUGAUU